UCUCUGCUGACCGACGCAAAGACGAGGCGUCUUACUCAUGGAAACGGUUCCUCAAUUCAUUCUGGAUGCAGUCCGCAAAGCUGCCGAAAAGUGCGGUUUCCACGGAGAUGGUGUUCAAAUCCGAAUUGAACCGUGCAACUCGCAAGAUGGAUUCAUAGGGCAGCUGCUUAGGGCGGUUGUGAAACAAGAAGGAUCGAUGGAGAAGAGCUUCAUUUGUAAGAUUCCUCCACUUUGUCCUGCCAGGAGGGAACAGUUCGACGCCUCACCCAUGUUCGAACGGGAGCCGUGGUUCUACGGGACGAUCCUGCCCGAGUUUGAAAAGUACCAACGAAAGAAGGGGAUCGCCGAGGGAGAUGGCUUUGCGGCCUUCGCGGUAUCGUACGUAGCGUACUACGAUUCCAUGGAUCAAGGGACGGUUUUAGUCAUGGAAGAUUUGGCACCACGCGGUUUCCGAAUGUAUGAUAAGCUGUUACCGUUGGACUAUGAACACGUGAAACUGGCUAUGGUUCAACUGGGGAGACUUCACGCGAUUUCUUUUGCCAUGAAGCGCGAUCAGCCGGAAUUAUACGAAUCGCUCGAAGUUUCCAAUGCGAUCAUUCCGCUGUUUAAGAAAAACGGAUACUGUCAGUAUCUAAUAAGCGAAUCGUUGAAACUGGCGCUGGAGAUUCCAGAUCUGAACGAGGCUGAGCUAAAAAUGCUACACCGAUUGAAGGAUAACGUGGUUCACGAGUUGGAGAGGUGCUUGGAUGUUGGAAAGGCUGAACCGUAUAAUGCAAUCGUUCACGGCGACUGUUGGAUCAAUAAUUUUAUGUACAGAUACGGGGAGGACAACCGUCAUCCGUCGGAGCUGAUCCUCAUCGAUUGGCAACUAGGUUGCCGUGCUGCACCUGCCGUGGAUCUGGUCUAUCUGUUCUUUCUUUGUACGGAUGCCGCGUUCCGGAAGCUACACUACGAAGAAAUGCAGCAAAUCUACCAUCGGGCGAUGGGUGAUUUGCUCCGGAAGUUGGGAGGAAAUCCGGAGGAAGACUACCCCUACGAAGUGCUACAGAAUCAAAUGAAGCAGGUCGGUCGGUAUGGAGUGCUGAUGGGAUCCUUCCUGGUGCCAUCGAUGUGCAUCGCCCGUGAAGAUAUGCCAAAUUUGGACGAAUCGGCCGCCCGUCAGAUGGCCCAUGAAGAGUACGAAUUGCCCUACAAGCUGGACGAAAAAUCACAACCCGUCUACCAGGAACGGAUGCUCGGGGUUAUCCGGGAUGCAGUGCGAUACGGAUACUUCGAAUUUCGAGGCUAUUGUCUUCUGCCCUUACUACAGCACUGUGGACGCCGUUCCGAUGAACAAAUAAUGCUGCGACGUUGCUCGAUGCGUAGUGAUCACGAUGCGACAAAGGCGGUGUUCUACGACGAGGAAAAGUUGCAGAGCGAUCGCUUGGUGGGAGUCGGCGAAUGUGACGUAGCAGUGUCGAAAAACGAGAGGCCGACGCUCAACCACACUUGGCUUAGUGGGAGUCAGCAAGAUUCCGAUUCGAUCAAUGGGUCGACUUGCGCUCGAUUUCCAAUAACGUUCACGAGCGGUCGAUUCACUCGACGGAUGAGUGGCAGUGACGGAAAGCGUGGAUCACUGGGUGGGUUUCGAGGCUAUUGUCUUCUGCCCUUACUACAGCACUGUGGACGCCGUUCCGAUGAACAAAUAAUGCUGCGACGUUGCUCGAUGCGUAGUGAUCACGAUGCGACAAAGGCGGUGUUCUACGACGAGGAAAAGUUGCAGAGCGAUCGCUUGGUGGGAGUCGGCGAAUGUGACGUAGCAGUGUCGAAAAACGAGAGGCCGACGCUCAACCACACUUGGCUUAGUGGGAGUCAGCAAGAUUCCGAUUCGAUCAAUGGGUCGACUUGCGCUCGAUUUCCAAUAACGUUCACGAGCGGUCGAUUCACUCGACGGAUGAGUGGCAGUGACGGAAAGCGUGGAUCACUGGGUGGGCGAACAGCACUAGCAGCAAUGUCGGAAGCAACACAGCCGAAGCCAAUCUCAGCGAUGGAACACACCUCGAUGGUUUCAUCGGAGGUUCAACCUCCGGAGUGGGAGUCACCGGAUGCCACUAGCGGUUCAUUUACGUUGAACCAUGCCCAGCACGCCGAGGAAGGUGCCAUCUCCGGUCAUGGUUCGUUUGUGCUGAGAGAAGAGGAACCGAUCAUUAUGGAAACCCCAGGCGCUGGUGAGGAUGGCUCUUUUGUACUGAAAGAUGACGUACCGAUAGUUUCGACGGAGGAGGACGUUACGGCAGGUGAUGGAUCUUUCGUCCUGAAGGAAGCAGUUCCAAUCGUUACGGAAACUGAAAACGAUGGAUCGUUCGUAUUGAACGAAGAGGUACCCAUCAUAGAUAACGCUCCCGCCGACUUUCCAGCGUUCAUCGAAGAGUCGAUAGCGAGCAUAGCUCCACAUGAGGGCUUCACGCCAGGAGAGUUUACAAUUACGAUCGACAGGCUCUCCGACUGCGAAGGUUUAAUCGGUGAGAUUCACAAGGCUACCAUCACGGAAGGCGAGCGUGAGUUGGAUGUGAUCUGCAAGAUUCCUCCGCUGGAUCCCGUGAGAAGACAACAGUUCAAUUCGAUAGCUCUGUUCGAAAGGGAGGUCAACGUGUACUCCAACCUGCUACCGACUAUGCUUGAGUUCCAACGGGAAAGAGGAGUUACCGAAGAGCUGAACGACGGAUUCUUCAAUAUACCAAGGUGCUAUCAGACCCAUUUCGAUGCGGAAAGUGAACAGGCAUUGAUUCUUAUAGAAGAUCUGCGCAAUAGAGAGUUCAGCAUGUGGAACAAGCUGGAGCCGAUCAACUUCGAGCAUGCGCGUUUGCUGUUGAUCCAGCUGGGACGAUUCCACGCGCUGUCGCUAGCGAUGAAGGAACAACGACCGGACCUGUUCGAAGCAUUCAAAGUACCGGACAUGAUGGUUCCGGCCAUGGAGCUGAAUGAACAGCUGAUGGCAAUGUUUACAUCGGCGCUGGACGCUGCGAUUUCCGUACUGGAUCCAUCCGAGGAGAGAGCCCGCUGGAAGAUGGAAGGUUUGAGGAACGAUUUCUUCGCUUCACUUCAGAGUUGCGUCGAUCCAGAGCGUGCGGAGCCGUUUGCAGUACUGAAUCAUGGCGAUUGCUGGACGAGAAACCUCAUGUACCGCUAUCAGGAGGGAGCUCCACGUGAGGUUCUUCUUCUGGACUGGCAGCUGAUCCGGUAUGGAUCUCCGGCUCUGGAUUUGCUGUAUUUCAUAUUCUGCUGUACCGAUGAAGUCGUCCGCGAGAAACACUACGACGAAAUGAUUCGCAUCUACUACACUGCUCUGAAGGAUCUACUGGAGAAGUUGGGAAGCGAAGCCAUGGACCUGUUCCCUCUGACGGCUCUGCUGCGGCAGCUGAAGACAUUCGGCAAGUUUGCCGUAAUCAUGUCCGCUAUGGACAUUCCGAUACUUUGUACCGAUACAGCCAACGUGCAGAGUCACGGGGACGCUGCUUCUGCGUUUGCGGCUUCGCCCGAGGCACAACAGCGCUACGGUUAUCGCAUGGGAGGCGUGAUUCGUGAUGCGAUUAAAUAUGGAUAUUUGUAGAAAUGGAAAAAUAAAUGAUAAUAUCGAA